UGUUAUUUCUAUAGCCUUUAUUUAUAAAGUAUACUAAUAUAUAUACAUACAUAUAUAUAUAUAUACAUACAUAUAUAUAAAAAUGGUUGUGAGCAGUCUAUUAUUUUCGAUUUUGAAGCUUUCACUUUUGACUGGAUCUUCAGUGGUUACUGCAGCCUCGAUUAGUCGAGAGCCUUCGUUAAUCAAACUUCCCAUUAUCUCAAGAAAUGUCAUAGCUAGAGAAAAUUUUAACGUAUCUCUUCUACGUAGAGAUGGUGCGUUAUCAAGUGCUCCUAUUUUCGAUUGGUAUACUCAGUAUCUUGUUGGUAUCGGAAUUGGCACACCUGCACAACAAUUUCAACUGAUUUUAGAUACUGGAAGCACUGAAUUAUGGGUUGCUAGCGAGGACUGUCCAUCAUUCGAAUGUCCUUCUACACCUUUCAUCACAUACGAUUCAUCUACCUUCAACUAUUUAGAUGAUACAUUGGAUUUAAGUUAUGGUACUGGUACGGUUAUAGGUCAAUAUGGUACGGAUGUAGUUACAUUAGCAGGUAUUCAAGUUCAAAACCAAAAGUUUGGGUUAGCUGAAAUGCAACAAGGAAUUUUACAUCCUAGAGAGGUUACUGUCAACACGGGUAACAAGGAAGAACCAUCCACGGUUCGUGUUGAUGGUAUUCUCGGCUUUGGUUACCAAAAUAUGAAUGCACAAGACAAAACAGAUAGCCCGUCUGCGAAUCUUUUUUAUCACAUGAUACAGCAAAAUUUGAUCAAAGAAGCUGUGUUUUCUAUCUCUUUGGGAUAUAAAGACGAACGUGACGCUUUGGGAUGGAGUGGUGAAUUAGCUUUAGGUGGCGCAAACACUGAUUUGUAUACCGGAUCCAUUGAAUAUGCUCAAGUUGCUAAUAAAAAUGAAAAGACUUCUGAAGGAUGGGAAGUCUUCCUUCAGGAUAUUUCUAUAACAAAGGAGGAUGGCGAAGCUACAAACAUCGGAUUUGAUAAGUCUUAUCGAACUAUAAUUGAUACUGGUACCACUUUAACUUAUAUCAAACCAGAAUACGCUAAAAAGACAUUAAGUGCUUUGACAGGCCAAACAACAUAUCCCGUAGCUCAUGGUCGUUUCGAAGGCCUCUAUGUUGUAGAUUGUAACUAUCAUUCCUCAGAUGUUCGUGUAAAAUUUUCCUACCAGUCAUCCACAAGUAAGGGGUCACCCAUUAUUAAUGUCGAUGUACCAGUAAAGAGUUUGAUUCAUCCUACAGAUACAAAUGAUUUAUCUACCGCUAAAUCCUGUGUAUGGGGUAUUGUUGAAGGAGCUAUUAUUGAAGCUACAGGGGAAAAUAUAUUCAUAUUUGGCGAAAAUAUUCUUAGAAACACUUAUCUUACUUUUGAUGCAAAAAAUAGUCAAGUUGGCUUCUCUGCUGCAGUAGGAACAACGACUAAAGUAACCAAAUCUUAAACUUAAAAAAAGAAAGACUAUUUUUUAAUAGUCCUACUUUAUGCAAUAUUCUGUUUCAUUUCAUUUUUUUUUCAUAUAUACACUUGUAAAAUAAAAAAUAGCAUUUAUAUUAAAUU